AUGUCCCUCCACGCAUUUGUCAACAAGAAGGUUCUGAUCCUCACCGUCGACGGCCGCACUCUCGUCGGUGAUCUUCUGUCCACCGAUCAAAUGACCAACUUGGUCCUCACCAAUACCGUUGAGCGCAUCAUCCGCACCCCAGACGAAGAUGAUCUUUCUUCCGAAAUCGAGCACGGGCUGUAUUUGAUCCGCGGAGACAACGUGGUGGUCUGUGGUGAAAUCGACGAGAAGAUUGAUGGGGAUAUCGAUUGGACCAAGGUCAAGGGCGAAGUGAUCCGCGACACCAAGAACGCAUGA